CCUUGGUAACGAAGUAGCGGCGCUGCUCGCAAAUCGCUCGCAAUGGUCGCUCGGAUACGUUGAAUGUACGACAUUCUCUGCAUAAAGCCUUUGUGGGCCAUUUGGGUAUUUGGACCUUGGCCCUUUGACAGCAAUUUGAUUAGACGUGCUUCCUUCCAGCGGGCGUAGAAUUCGAGCAGAAUGUCAGAAAUGGCAAGAUGCCCCUCUUGUGGCGAAGUUGCGCCUGUCGCUGACGCCGGUGAUGGGGUGUCCAAGGUGUGUACGUCGUGCGGCGCCGUCCUUGAGUCGUGUGACUUCCAGUCCACGGGUGGCGACGACGGCGCCUCCUACGUGCCUCCGACGGAGACCACCAAGCUGGCCCUGUGCCCCGGCGGACUACGCCUGGUCCGGACCCGCCCCCUGCGUGGGCACCGGCUGGAGUGCGACCGGUGGCUGCAGCACGCGGCCGGACGCUUUGCCAUGAGCGCGUCCAUGACGCAGAGGGCCAGGGAUCUCUACCAGGACUUGGCAGGCAGAGCUGCAUUGACGGGUCACGUGUCGCUGGCGGCGGCCUGCUGCUACAAGGUGCUGCGGGAGGAAGGACGUGCCGUGUCCCUGCACUGCCUCGCCUCGGAGGCGCAGUGCACGGGGAGCCAACUGCGCUGCGCCCUCCGACUCCUCAGCCAGGGCACGGGGGAGCGCUCCGAGGGGCCGUCCUUGCGCGAUCUGGUACCCGAGGCCGCCCAGAUGUUGCGGCCGGAGGAGCGCGAGGCCGUGGUGUCUCGGGCCCGGGCCCUGCUGGUGCCCCUGGCCCGCUGCUGGUUCCUGGAGGGGCGCACCCCCCGCUGCCUGCUGCCCGCCCUCGUGUUCGUCGCCUGGCGCUCCCUGGACCCCCUGCACGCCCAGGUCCCCUACGCCGAGUUCUGCCGGCAGCGCUCGAUUGGGGCCAACGCUGGGACCUGCCGCAUCAUCACCGCCCUCAACAAGGUGCUGGUGCGCCUGGCCUCCCAGAUCCCCUGGGCGUGCGGCACCCGUCUGACGGCCAACAAGGCCGCCUCUUACGUGCCGGACAUCCUCCGCUACUCCGCCUCCCUCACGCUGGAUGCCAGCGUCCCCGCAGACGCCGCCGGCCAGGGCCCCACCGUGGCGGUGUUCCAGACUUUCCGCGGCGACCUCAAGCGACCGCAGGAGCAGCAAUCCCGCAGCCCGGAAGGCCCCCUCUGCGAGGACUUCUCGGACUCGGAAAUCGAGGCGUACAUCCGCGGAGAAGAUGAGGUGGCCGCGAGGCGGAACUUUCUGCGGGCGCGUGGAGUUGAGCCGCCCUGAGCCUUAUUUGCCGACCAGUAAAAUUUGUGUACCUUGUU